AGCCGGAAGCGAUGCUAGGAACCGGCGCUGGCUGGCGAGGAUGAGGCCCCGGUGGCCCCUCUGGGGGUCUGCCCUGCUGCUGGGGGGGCUCCUGGCCGGACUUACUGAAAGGGACCUUUGUAUGUUUUGGAGACUGCAUGAAAAGACGAAACAGUCAAGUCAGGCUUCUGCAGAACAAGAGCCUCACUGACUUGGAAGAGAGCCCAAAGGCCACCCAGCCAUGCAGGAACUCACAAUCAGAGUACCCCCAACAGACCUCCAAAGAAGAGGCUCCGCCACUCUCUGAGUCGGCAUAUUGCACCUUUGAACAACUUCCUAAUAUAGCAGCUGAAACAGAUGAAGCUACUGACUUGCUGUCUGAAAAGUUAAGCGAAACAACUCCAGCGUUCCUCCCAGAAAGCAGUCAUGUGCAUGCAAGGCAAGAUGGGCCUAAAGAACCAAUACAGUACAGGACGGCAGAGAUUGCUGACGCUAUGAUGGGUAACAGCAUGCCAGCAGGUCAAUCAGUGGAACUUUCCGUUAUUCCAGCGAAGAUAAAGGAAGGGUAUGUCUCUAAGAUGGACACUGGCACCUGUGAUGCAGCAGUCGAUGGUGAAUGCAGCGCACAAGAAGUUGUUUCAUCUUUAUCUCAGCCAGGAUCUCAUGCUCAGGAGACACUAAUAGAACAACCUGUAGUUCUGGAAGCAGUGCAUCCUAUAUCAGCAGAGGACUCUAAUAGUACAGACAGUAUGAAAACUCCAAAAGUUAGCUGUGAAGAAAGAAACAUUACAGGAAUGACAAAUUUCACAUUACAAAUCUUGAAUAUUUCCCAAGAUUUAAUGGAGUUCUUAAAUCCAAAUGGCAGUGACUGUACCUUAGUCUUGUUCUAUACCCCUUGGUGCCGUUUCUCUGCAAAUCUAGCUCCUCAUUUUAAUUCCUUGCCGCGAGCAUUCCCAACUCUUCAUUUCCUGGCCUUGGAUGCUUCUCAACACAGCAGUUUGUCAACCAGAUUUGGAACCGUGGCUGUUCCCAACAUCCUCCUUUUUCAAGGAGCUAAACCCAUGGCAAGAUUUAAUCAUACAGAUCGAACCUUGGAAACACUGAAGGCUUUCAUUUUUAAUCAGACAGGAAUAGAACCCAAGGCUGAUGUGACAGUCACUGAAGAAGAUCAGGCUGGUCCCUUGCCCAGCACACUGAGUAGAGGAGUAGACUGGCUUCUUUUAUUUUCUUUAUUGUUUCUUAUCAGUUUCAUCAUGUAUGCUACCAUUCGUACUGAAAGUAUUCGGUGGUUAAUACCUGGUCAAGAUCAGGAGCAUCAGGAAUGACAUGUAAAACAAGAACUCUUGUAUUUUCAUAACAAGUUAAAAGUACAUAAAAUUGAACAAUGGAUCAACUCUUUGCCUUCUUUUGAGCCAGAACUGUGUUCGUCAUAUAUUCAAAAUCACACAGCAUCAUUUUGCUGUUAAUAUUUAUAGUAGAGAUAUGAAAAGGUGCAGCAGAAAAUAAAAUGGUGAUGAGCAA